GUGGUCCUUCUGUGAAUGAUAGACCUGGUCAGCAAAAACUCAAGGGUGGACUUACAGCGAAAAAGUCAACCUCAAUCCCCACCAAAUCCGCUCGGCUCCCAUCGCAGCCUGUCCCCGAUGGCCGUCGCCUCCAUCGCCGUCCGCUCGGCCGUCGGUGCCGCCCUGUCGGCGGUGAUAGCCGCCCGCGCUGUCCGGCGCCGCUCGCUGGACGUCUCGGGCGGCGUCGCCGGGUUCGCCGUGAUGGCUAUCCACCUUGCCUGCGGUUACAGGUACGGAGCGCUGCUGCUGGCCUUCUUCUUCACCUCCUCCAAGGUGACCAAGAUCGGCGAGGACCGCAAGCGGCGCGUCGAGGAGGACUUCAAGGAGGGCGGCCAGCGCAACUGGAUGCAAGUUCUAGCAAAUAGUGCAAUAGCGACUGUAUUGGUCAUCUUUUUGGCGAUAACGACUGGGGGACAAGAUCAAUGCUUGGAUUCGAAUGAUUCAAAGUUUAUAACUGGUAUAAUAGGUUCUAUUAUUGGCCACUAUUGCUGCUGCAAUGGAGACACUUGGUCAUCAGAAAUUGGUGUGCUUAGUGAUGAACAACCACGGCUUAUCACUACACUGAAGCCUGUCAGGAAAGGUACAAAUGGUGGAGUGACCUUACAAGGACUUCUUGCAGCCACAGCAGGUGGUCUAACCAUCGGUCUGACUUUUGUUGCUGUUGGACUUAUGACAGCUGAAUGCUCUUUUAAGAUGGGGCUUCGACAGCUCCUAGCUAUACCUAUCUCUGCUGCUGCUGGUUUGCUUGGGAGUCUAAUUGAUUCGUUGCUGGGUGCUACACUUCAGUUCAGCGGAUACUGCAGCGUUCGUAAGAAGGUGGUCAGUAAACGGGGACCUACUGUCACCAAGAUUUCUGGAAUGACUAUCCUGGAUAAUGAUGCUGUUAAUGCAGUAUCAGUGCUACUAACAGCUGUGAUUACAGCUUAUGCGUGCAUUUUCUUCUUCUAGAGGCAAAUGUUUAGUUGGCUUUUCACUUGUUACUAAUGCUCAAUGCCAUUUGGAAUACAAAGAUUACAAGGGAUGUAAGACAUGAUGUUUACCCUGAAGCAAGAUGUAUAAUGAAGUGUUGGACUCGCUGAGCAAAGUUUGACGAGCUUCAUGACGUUUGCUCCAGGCAGCUUGUUUGGUUGCCCAAAAGUUCAGGCUGGAAAUUGUCAAAGUAGUUUAAGCAAGUCCAGCCACGUCGCCAUGCGAAAUUGCAAUUAUGGCAAUGUGAAACCUAUUUGCUCCUGGGGAAAGUAUAUCAUGUGGAUUAUGGCUACUGUAGUAUUUAGUUCACCUUCUUUGGAUGACAAUGUAGCAAUUACCCUUUGUGCCAUCAGAACAGGGUUAUACAAAGUAAAGUUGACCGCAAUGUUGAAGGUA